AUGGAGGAAGAACGGAUUCUUCACAGAAUCAUUGGGGGAGAUUCAGACAUCGAUUUAUCAGAGGAUGAGUGUCCAGAGAGACGGGAUGAGACAGAAGAGAGUGAAAGCUCAGAUGAGGAGGACCCAGAUGAGGUGGACCAAGAUGCAGAGCCAGAUGAAGUGUGCCGUCGUCAUCUGUGGGACAAAACCAACACGUUCAUGCCUGUGUUGGAAGAAUGCAGAAUUACACCAGAUGAUGCUGCUAAAAGCCGUAGAGACUGGAGCCCACUGCAGUACUUACAGCAGUACAUCGAUGAACAGCUAAUUCAGGAUCUGUCUUUCUUCACCAACCAGCGCAUGGUACAGGAUUCAGGCUACAGCUUGAACACAACACCGGAAGAGAUCAAGACCUUUUUAGGAAUCUCAGUGUACAUGGCAUGCCUUGGAUAUCCAAGAAUUAAAAUGUACUGGGCCGCCAAAACAAGAGUCUCAAUUAUAACUGACUCCAUGACACGAGAUCGUUUUUGCAAGAUCAGAUCUUCCCUCAAAGUGGUCAAUGAUCUGGAUGUGCCAGAAGAUGAGAAGAAAAAGGAUCUGCUUUGGAAAGUAAGACCACUCCUCAAGAGAGUGCUGCAAGGUUGCCUCAGCCUGCUCAGGCCACCAAAGGUCUGCAUUGAUGAACAAAUGGUUCCCUUCACAGGCUGCUGUCCAGUUCGUCAAUAUGUUCCCGGCAAACCAAAUCCAAGAGGAUUAAAGGUGUUUGUUCUCGCAACUCCAAGUGGCCUUGUGUUGGACUUUGAGACCUUUCAGGGAAAGAACACCUUUGUUCAAGACCAGCAAAUGGGAAUAGGUGCAAAUGCAGUCCUGCGUUUGACUGAGACUGUUCCCAGAGGAACACUGGUGUACUUUGACCGGUACUUUACCACCAUCAAGCUUAUGGAGGCUCUUCUGGAAAGGGGCCUUCCUGCUACGGGAACAAUUCAGAAGAAUCGAAUCCCAAAAGAGUGCCACUUCACUGCUGACAAGGUCUUCAGCAAAAAAGGAAGAGGGUCAUCAGAAAUGAUUGUACGGAGACCUAAUGAAAUCGCACUCACGAAGUGGGUGGAUAAUAAGCCUGUUGUCAUGGUAUCGACCGUCCAUGGGAUUGAGCCCCAGGACACCUGUUCCAGAUGGUCAAAAAAAGAAAAGAAGCAAAUCCAUGUCCCAAGACCUGCGGUGGUAGUGGAAUAUAACAGCAACAUGGGAGGGGUUGAUAUGUGCGAUCGCAUGCUCAGCUACUACAGUAUGUCCAGCUACACCAAGAAGUGGACUGUUCGUACCGUGCUCCACUUCACUGAUUUAGCCAUCACCAACUCGUGGAUUCAGUACCGACAAGACAGCCAGGCCUUGCAACGACCUGCAAAGAAAACCUCCCAAUACUUGGAGUUCAAACUCCUCUUGGCUGAGGAACUGAUAUCCCAGGCACAGGCAUGUCAGCGAGAUGAAACUGACUCAAGUGAUGAAGAAUUCUCUCCAGAAAUGAAGAAAAGGAACCCCCACCCAGAUGAGAGCAUAAGGAAAUACGGUACAAUCCAUUUGCCCCAAAUGCUCAACAUUCCAAAUGCUUCCAGAUGCAGAAUGCCUGGAUGCAAACGCAAAACCUCUGUGAGAUGCAUAAAGUGCAACAUGUUCCUCUGUGUCUCCAAAAAGUCAGAAUGCUUCGUGAAAUACCAUCUAGAGUCAAAUGUCUAA